AUGCUGAGAUUUGAGAGAAUAAAAAGAACAAGUAACACCCAUCGCUUCCUAUUAAACGAUGUAAGAAAUAGAAUCGACGUGGCUUUAAACGAAUAUGAAGACAUCAUACCAAGUAAUAAUAGCAAAAGGUGCAGGAAUAAAUACAAAAAUAUACAGAAUUUGCACAGAAUUAUUCAGAAUGGUGUGUUAAAGGGGCACAAAAAUGUGUACUUUUACAAAUAUUUAUUACAUAUUGCAGAAAAAAGAAAAAAUGAUUUGAGCUUAUAUCAAAUAAACAUAAUUUUAAAAGCACUCAUAAGAGCAAAUAUUUAUAGAUUUGUGUUAUUACGUUCUUUCGAAAUCCCUAUUUUGAAAUAUGUAAACCAUUUAAAUGUUUUAAUUAACGACUGCAAUGUUAAGUGUAACAAGUGUGCACAAACUAAGUAUAUGGGAAAAGGUAUCUAUAGUAGCAGCUGUGAUGAGGGUAAAAAAUGCACAAUUGAAAUGAAGAAAAGGUUACAUUUAAUGAAAGGAAUACAGAACUUUAAGAAACGCGAUCAUACAGUAGAGAAUAAUCUAAAUGUAGAAAUUAUUUCUGACCAGUUUAAUAUCUUACUUGAUAUUUUUAAAAACUACAUGUAUGUUGUAAAUUUUCACUUUUCUUUUUUAUGUGAAACUUUGUUCUUCUUUAUAACCAAGAAUUAUGAAUACGCACAUGAUAGACAAAGUGUAAUGCAUAUUGUGGGAAUGUAUUUAGAAAGAUUUUUAUCAAAUUAUGUCAAGACAACUCAAAAGGGAAAUUAUCUGCCUAACCCCAGAGAAUAUAAAACACAAAAUAUGGUAUCAACUCCAAAUGAAAAAUUACAACUUUCAAAUUUGUAUAGACAUAAAUACAGACAAAACAUUAAUGUAAAAAUGGUAGGAAACUAUAUCAUCGUUUCUCGUAAAAGUGACAAAAAUAAGGAGGGAGAAAAAAAAUCCCAUUAUUUUAAUCCAAUAUUUUGUAAAAACAAUAUCCUUAGCAUAUGUAAAUAUAUGAUAAUGCUAAUUUUGAAAAAUAACAAGUUAGUUCUAUAUUGUAAGAAAAUAAGAAGUAAAGAGAUGACAAAAAAAAAAAACAUAUAUAUAUCAAAUGGGUAUAUGUACAAAAUGAAAAAUGCAAACUCCGUAUUGAAUUUUCAACCGAUGAAAUAUUUAUUAAAAAUAAAAUUUAUCGAUAAUAUAGAAUUCCUUAAGGGGAGAUAUUUUUCGAAAGACUUAAUGAGCAAUCUUCAUUUUUUACUAAACCUUGAGGAGUGUAAGGAAAGACUAAAUUUGAGAUCUAAUAUUUUUACCAAUUAUGUACAAAAGGUUUGGAAAACACAGAAAAAAUGCACUUCUAAUUUGCACAAUUUUCCAUUUAUAGUUGAACACUCGAGAUCAUCAAAUGUUGCAUGCAAUUAUCAUUAA